CCAGGCGAGGAUUGAAGCCUAACCCACCCUGGGGGCGGUCCGAAGGGGCUGCCUUCCUGCAACGCCCAACCUGAGAGCCUGCCUCUAACGGCCGCGGCCGGAGCGGGGCUUCCUGAAAAGUCUACAUCUUUUUAAAUGACCUCAUAGAGGAGGUUACUGUUGCCGUCCCGCUCACGGCGCGAGACAAGGGGAAUUAGAACCUUUGCUCCAAGAAGGCAGAAGAGCCCUGAGGGUGGAAAGGCGCGCGUGCACAUCCAAACUGGAGUUCGAGGUCUCUGGACAGGUUUCCUUAGGCAAUUGAGACAUUGACCUCCUAUCAGUUGGAGCUAUACUUCCCAAACAAUUCACUAUGACAGAGAGCUCUCAGAGUUGUGGUUUGCCAAGAGAUGCCUUGUCAGGUUCCAUGGUGGUGAAUUCUCACCCAGAAAGACAGCCUAUUGAUCCACAGAGUAAGGAACUCAUUGGAUAUCCGGAAGAAGAAGAUUGGGAAAAUUUAAACAAAGUACUGAGACAGCAUGGUUUAAGACCUGUGUUUCUUGCCGAACCUGGAAGUUCAGAAAUCAGAAAUAUGUCAGAUAUUAUUGUUAUGGACAGACACAAUUCACUAGCUGUGCGACAUGCAUUGAAAACACUGCUGGAAGAGACAGAGCGCCAACGAAAAAUUGUCCGUGGCCUGAUAGAAGACAAUCGCCAGCUUAGAGAUGAAGUCUGCUUGGAGCGAAAUCGGGCUUCUCGUCAGGAGCAACGAGCCAAUGAUUUAGAUAUCAUUGUAGAGAAUAUCAAAUCUAAAAUACGGCAGUUGGAAGAUGAGUCCAUAGCGAAAGUUUGCCAGCAGCAGAACCAAGUCAAAGAGCUUCAGAAAGAUCAUCAGUCUUCACAGGCAAAGUACCAUCAGCAGGCAGAGAAGUUGAAAGAACAAGAAGAGACUAUUGCCCACUUGCAGAAAGAACUUUGUAAGAUGGGCAUAGAAGAGCAGCACCGUAUUGCUACACAGAAAAAAAUGUUCAGCCAGUUUUGCAAACAAGCUCCUAGAACUCAUUUGGAUCACCAGAUUUUUAGUCUGAUUGACUACUAUGAAUCUCAGAUCAACCAAAUGAAGAAAGAACUAAGGAAAUAUAAGAGUGAGGCGGGUCAUACCCAUGGAAGAAGAAAAGACAAGGAUAAAAUUUUGAAUGUAGAUGCUACUUCUAAUUACAGAUGUUUGCUUAUGUCUUUCCAGAAUCAGAUAAUUGAGACACAGGCCCGAAAUGAACAACUAUUACAUGAAAAUAAAAAUCUCAAGAAAGAGGUAGAAGUCAGACCAACUGAGCAAGAGUUAAAAUUUUACAAGCAUCAAGUGAAGAAGUUGGAGAAGACACUGAAGAACAUCAAGUCACAUGAGAGUUAUGAAGAGAAUGUGAAGGAAAACCAAGACUUUAAAAGCACUACAGGAGGAGACCAAUUGCAGGAAAACUGUAGAAGAUAUUUUCAGCUGUUGUCCAGCAUUGACUCGAUUAUAAGAAGCCCGAGACGAGCUCCCCUGGCGAUAUAUAAGCAGAGUAAAGGGGUGCCCCGAAGUGGCACCAAAGAUGAUGUUCAGGACUGUGGAUUUGAGCACCUCCUUCCCACCAUUGAAAUGUGGGCUGACCAGUUAAUGGCCCUGAAGAACCUACAUAAGUCCCUGAAUAAGCUGUUGCUGCACCUCGUGCCUUGGCAUACAGUAACUGUGCAGGAUGACCAUGAACGUAUUGGAGUUGAAACCCUUCAGCUCCUAGUGGACGCUGUGUCUGAAGAAGUUGAAAAUAAAGAAAAGAAUAGUCAAGUGCCUUCACUACAAACCUUGUAUGCAAUUGUUUCUCACUUUCAAAAACUGUUUGAUGUGAAUUCAUUGAAAGGAGUUUAUCCUCGAAUGAAUGAAGUUUACACAAAGCUUGGAGAAAUGACCAAUGCAAUGAGAAACCUUCAUGACCUCCUAGAACUAGAUGGCUCAGCCCCUCCCAGUGCCUUGGUAAACACUGUUGGAAAACUCUGCAGUAUACUCAAUGGGAACGUGACCUCACAGGUGGAGCAGCUCCUGGGCACAGACGACAUCCAAAGCAUUAUCAACAAAUUAGAAGACUAUGAUGAGUUUUUCCCAGCAUUUCAAGCUCUUAUUGAAGAUUUGCUUGGUGUUCUAGAAGUCAGCAAUCUAACGGAAAUAUUACCCACUGUGCAGAAGCUAAAACUGAAAAGGCAAUAAUGUAUAAACCAAUGUCUAGAAUUGUGUAAAACUAUGUAUAGAAUUAAUGUAUUAAACAUUUACUUUUGUGUA